AUGCCUCACAAGCACACAAGAAGGGACCACGAUCCCGCAUCGUUCGAUCUUCCUCCAUCGCAGAUCGCGAGACCGUUGCCCGUGCAACAGAGAAGUCGGAAAGCUCUGGCUGCUGCCGCUGCGAAAAACGGAAAGAACGGAAAGAACCCAAAGACAGAAAACGAUGGGGUCAAGAAGAGAAAGAGUCGUAGCAAAGACGACGACGCCCCGAGAGCGUUCAAGCGCCUAAUGGCGCUGGCAUCCGGCAAGAAACAACGAUCCGGCCUCGAUAACGGCGAAACAUUGAAUCAAAAGAAGAAGGCGGCCAAGAAAGCCGCCGCCGCGGCCGAGAAGAGAGACGAAGCAGGUGGCCAUCCCGAUAAGCCGGAAGUGCCAACCAUCCGUCCGGGCGAGAAGAUGUCAGACUUCUCGGCGCGUGUCAACGCUGCUCUGCCGCUGGCUGGUUUGGUCAACAAGACGGAAAGGGGCGGAAAGGAUCCCCUUGGACUUAAGGUCUAUAAAACGCGGAAGGAGCGGAAGAUGCACAAGCUUUACGACCAGUGGCGAGAGGAGGAGCGAAAGAUCCAAGAGCAGAAAGAAGAGGAGAUGGAAGAGAUUGCCGAGCGCGAGCUGGACGAGGAGAUCAACGGCGGUACUUUUGGCAACUUUGGUCAGACAUCCGCAGCCUUCUACGAGCCUGGCCAGGACGGCAACAAGAAGAAGAAGGGCAAGAAGGGCAAGGGCGCAGAUCGCGAAGAGGACCCCUGGGCGGUGCUUAAGAAGAUGCGCUCAGAGGCCAAGGUAGGACUUCAUGAUGUCGCGCAAGCGCCUCCAGAGCUUCACAAGGCUGGACGAGAUAAGCUCUUGGUACGCGGUGCUGCAGUCGAUGUAUCCAACGUGCCAAAGUCUGCAGGGAGCUUGAGAAGACGCGAGGAGCUUCAGGGGAUCCGAGACCAACUGGUCUCAUCAUACAGAAAGAAGAGGGAGGAGAAAUUGGCUCAUUUAGCUACUUAA